CCCAUCGGAGCUCUGCUGCUGGAGCACUGCAGGAUCACCAAAGAGGAGGAGAACGUCUUCUCCAUCAGUUUCAUUGAGGAGCCGGAGAGGAAGUACUGCUUCGAAUGUGACAGCAGAGAGCAGUGUCAGGAGUGGAUCGAGGCACUCAAGCGAGCCAGCUAUGAGUUCAUGAGGAGGAGCUUGAUUUUCUACCGGAACGAGAUCCAGAAAAUGACGGGGAAGGACCCCCUGGAGCAGUAUGGGAUCUCCGAGGAAGCCCGCUUCCAGCUGGGAACACACAAGCCAUAA